GGUACACUGACAACUACUUUUUUCCACCCAUGUAGACGGUAGACAUACGCUUUUCUCAUUACAUGAGCCACAUACACACGGUACACUAGACUUGAUUAAUAAUCACAAACCGUCAUGGUAAGCUACUGUCCAAUAUGUGGCAAGCCUGUCUAUUUUGGUGAGAAGAAGAGGUCUUUGGGACGGGAUUACCAUCCUCUGUGUCUGAAGUGUCAAAACUGCAACAGACAACUCACAGCUGGACAACAUGCUGAGUAUGAUGAGAAGCCAUUCUGUUCACACUGCUACCUGAAGAUGUUUGGUCCCAGAGGUAACAGGUGAGGAGGACCAAAAGCUGCCUGAAACCAACUCUAGAACUCCUCGACUGACAUUAUACAAUCACCAAAGCACUCAUCGUUUGUGUGCACUGUAUUGACAUGUUUUAUACAGUUUGCAAAUUAUAAAAAGUGAUCAUUUUCAAAUACUUUUAAUAUAUGUAUGUUUAGAUGUAUAAAUGUGAUUUUGGUAUGGAUCAUUCUUAAACAAAGUAAUAAAUAGUAUGAAUGUA